CAGGGUGGGGGUGGGAUUUUGCUACUCUGGCCCUCCCAGAGCUUCCAUUUCUUUAACCUUCCUGCCACGUGACUAGUGGGAUUGUGGCUGGAGCAGCAGGUAAUGACCGGGGCCUUUUGGUGUUUCAGAUGCCAGUGACCUUCGAGGAGGUGGCUGUGUAUUUCACCCAGGGGCAGGGGGCUCUGCUGGACCCCGCUCAGAGAGCCCUCUACAGGGACGUCAUGCAGGAGAACUACGAGACGGUGACCUCGCUGGGAUUCCCCCUUGCCAAACCUGAACUGAUUGUCCGGCUGGAACGAGGGGAAGAGCCUUGGUUGCCCGAUCUCCGGACCUACAAUGACAGAAGGUUUCCAAUAUGCAUCCAUACAGCAGGAGCUGAGCGAGGGAGUGAGAAUGAAGAGGAAAAUCAUCAUGAGGAAGUUCCUGGGGAAGUGGAACCACAGGGGACCUUUGUGGGAAGAGCUGAAGGCCAUUUUCCCCAGUGCUUGGAGGAGGCAGAAGCCUGGGAAAAUUGGCUCAGGUCAGAGAGGCUUCUGGGAAACUACCCAGGGAAGAAAUUGGAUGAAUCUAUUAAUGGUGAGAGAGAAGAGGAGGAUCCCAGAGCGCAGCAGACAAAUCCCAAGGAAGAGACAUCCUGGCACUACCUUCAGUGUGGGAAAGGAUUCAUUGUGCGAUCACAGCUUGUGAAACCUCAGGCAAUCCAUACUGGAGAGAAACCCCUUUAAUGCUUGGACC